AUGUCACUUUCGACGCCCACGAAGCGACAUAGCUACAGCUUUGGCAGCACAGCCACUACUUCAAAUCGAAACUCUGUGUACAUCACUUCCCCAACUGCCAGUCAACAUCUUGCGCAAGCAUCACCUCCUGCUAAAAUACAAAACACAAACAUCAAAGUCAUUGCUAGAUUCAGGCCACCGAACGAGGAGGAAUUGAAACAUGGAAAUCAAAUUACAGAGUUCUACAAUGACAACAAAUCGGUUUCAAUCCAUACUAAGGAAUUCUCCAAUAACUUUACAUUCGAUAAGGUCUUUGAUCCAUCGUCUUCUCAGCUAGACAUUUACAAUUAUUCUAUCAAAGAGACAAUUGAUGAUUUUUUCAAAGGGUACAAUGGUACUAUAUUGGCUUAUGGGCAAUCUGGGUCUGGUAAAUCGUUUACCAUGACUGGUGGCGUACACCUUGACGGUAUCAUCCCGCGGCUAAUCACAGACAUCUUCAACUCCAUAAGUAACGGCCUGGACGAAAUCGAGUAUACUGUAGGUGUUCUGUACAUGGAAAUCUAUAUGGAGCAAAUAAGAGAUUUACUAGAUGACAGUCCAAAUCUAAGCUUACAUCAAGACCAGCAUCAGCACCCGGUACUGCCCAGGCACCUGAUUCUGCUGUUUACCCAGUUACUGCCCAAAAAUGGAAAUCCUCAGAAGUAUACAAUACAUGAAGAUAAAGCCAAUGGGGUAUACGUAAAAGGACUCAAGCAAGCAUUCGUAUCAUCAUCAACUGAGUUAUUGUCCAUUUUACAGAAGGGAGACCGAAUGCGGGUCGUCGGAUCGACCAAUGUGAAUGUUGAGUCUUCAAGAUCUCAUACCAUAUUUCAAAUCAAGCUAUCCCAGAAGCUUCUUGAAGAUAAUACGAUUAAGAACAGCAAUUUAUUUUUAGUAGAUUUGGCAGGAAGUGAGAAAAUAAUAAAGACUGGAGCAGUUGGACAUACUUUAGAGGAGGCAAAGAAAAUCAAUUCUUCUUUAUCAGCACUUGGAAAUGUAAUUUACUCGCUAGCCGAGGGAAAAUCUAGCCAUAUACCUUAUAGAGAUUCUAAAUUAACUAGAAUUCUCCAAGAAUCAUUGGGAGGGAAUUCCAGAACAUGUCUUAUAAUAACUUGCUCGCCGUCUUCAGUGAAUGAACAAGAAACAUUGUCAACGCUAAGAUUCGGAUCAAGUGCUAAAAAAAUAAAAAAUAAAGCCCAUAUAAACACCGAAUUGAGCAGUAGUGCCAUGAAGGCUAAGAUUGAAGCAAUGCAGAAAACAAUCGACCAAAACAAAAAGUACAUAGAGGAACUAGAAGAAUCUUUAAGGGGAAGUGUAGGAGUAGAUUCAAUUUCCGAGGACGGAUCAACAGCCCCAAGGACAGCGACACACUCUACUACUUCUCCUACUUCUACAAGAAGACUUUCACUUACAUCUAGGAAUACCCCGACUAGGAUUCCACGUAUUAUUCAACAGGCGGCAUCAGUGACAACUUUACCCGUAACGACAGCAAAUGAUUUAGAGAUUAAGAGAAGGGACAAAAAGAUUGAGGAACUAGAAUCGACAAUACUUCAGUUAAAAAUGGAAAAUUUAAAGUCCACUCACGAGGAAGAUCUGAGAUUGUUUAAAUUAGAAAAGCUUGUUCUUAAUUUUUCUGAUAAGUUGAAUGAACUUGAACAGACAAACAAUACGCUUAGUGAGGAUAUACUAAUGUCAACCAAGAUCAUCGAAUCAAGGAAUGAGAGAAUUUCAAAGCUUGAGAAUAUACUUAGAGAUCAGCAAGUACAAAUGCUGAAGGAAAGUUUAACAAUGGACUCAAAGCUAGGCUACAUAAAAGAUAGACUUAAGCAGCAGCAUCAACAUCAACAUCAUCAACAGCAUUCCCCAUCUUCAGCGAUGAGUCCCAGACAUGGAACUGUAUUCAACAAUCGACCACUACUGUCACUUUUUACAAAUGAGCUUUCUAUUGAUGAAAAUGAAGUUGAAACAAGUGGUAAUUAUAACAAUACCAAUAAUGAAUUUAGUACUCGUUUAGGUAGUCCGUUGGUUACUCAAUCAACUGCGAAUUCCCCAAAAUUAGGAUUAAACCUUAGGAUUGUCAAACCGUUAAGAGGAGGCGCACCCCAGCAUACAUACGACCUUGGAAAAGAAAAUUAA